CAUGGCGGCCCGCUUGUGAUCGUUGCGUCGAAGCGGGACUCGGUAUUUUCAAAGCUUAUUUUCAUCUUUCAGUCAAGUUUUCGGACAAGUUUAGACUUUGAGGUAACCGCGGAACCCACAGGGACUUUCAAGAUGGCAAGUACAAGCGGCGCCAAGCCACAGAAGAUACCGAAAGUUGCGAAAGUAAAAAACAAAACACCGGCGGAGAUUCAGAUCACCGCCGAACAACUUCUGCGGGAAGCCAAGGAGCGCGAUCUUGAAAUCCUUCCACCGCCGCCCAAGCAAAAAAUCUCGGAUCCCGAAGAGUUGGCAGAAUAUCAGAUCCGAAAGAGAAAAGGUUUCGAGGACAACAUCCGCAAGAACCGUUCUGUCAUCAGCAACUGGAUCAAGUACGCGCAAUGGGAAGAGAGUCAGAAGGAAAUUCAGAGGGCCCGGUCAGUGUACGAGCGCGGGUUGGACGUGGACCACCGCAACGUGACGUUCUGGCUCAAGUAUGCCGAGAUGGAGAUGAAAAACCGGCAGGUGAAUCACGCGCGGAACAUCUGGGACCGAGCGGUGUCGAUCCUGCCACGGGUGAAGCAGCUCUGGUACAAGUACACCUACAUGGAGGAGAUGCUGGGCAACCUGGGUGGGGCGAGGCAGGUCUUCGAGCGCUGGAUGGAGUGGGAGCCCCACGAGCAGGCCUGGCAGACCUACAUCAACUUCGAGCUGCGCUACAAGGAGAUCGACCGGGCACGGAGCAUCUACGAGCGAUUUGUGAUGGUGCACCCCGACGUGAAGCACUGGAUCAAGUAUGCGAGGUUCGAGGAGCAGAACGGGUACAUCUCCAAUGCACGGCGAGUCUACGAGCGGGCCGUGGAGUUCUUUGGGGAGGAGUACAUGGACGAGAAGCUCUUCGUAGCCUUCGCCAAGUUCGAGGAGAAUCAGCGGGAGCACGACCGUGUGCGUGUGAUCUACAAGUACGCCCUGGACCACAUCCCCAAGGACAAGGCCCAGGAGCUGUUCAAGAACUACACCAUCCACGAGAAGAAGUACGGUGACCGGGCGGGCAUUGAGGACGUCAUCGUGAGCAAGCGCAAGUACCAGUAUGAGGAGCAAAUCAAGGAGAACCCCCUCAACUACGACGCCUGGUUCGACUACCUGCGGCUGAUGGAGAGCGAGGGGAACGUGGAUGCGACCCGGGAGACCUACGAACGCGCCAUUGCCAACGUGCCCCUCUCUAAGGAGAAGCGGUACUGGCGCCGUUACAUCUACCUGUGGGUGAACUACGCCCUGUUUGAGGAGCUGGAGACAGGGGACGCUGGCCGCACCCGGGAGGUGUACAGGGCCUGCCUGCGCCUGCUGCCCCACAAGAGCUUCACGUUCGCCAAGCUCUGGCUCUGGGCCGCAUACUUCGAGGUGCGCCAGAAGGACCUGGCCGCCGCUCGAAAGCUCCUGGGUACAGCGAUCGGGCUCUGCCCCAAGGACAAGCUGUUCCGCGGCUACAUUGACCUGGAGAUUCAGCUGAGGGAGUUCGACCGUUGCCGCAUCCUCUACCAGAAGUUCCUCGAGUUCGCCCCCGAGAACUGCACCACCUGGAUGAAGUUUGCGGAGCUGGAGACGAUCCUGGGCGACGUGGAGCGUGCCCGGGCAGUGUACGAGAUCGCCAUUGGACAGCCCCGGCUGGACAUGCCCGAGGUCAUCUGGAAGAGCUACAUUGACUUCGAGAUCGAGCAAGAGGAGCCCCAGAGGGCCGCGCACCUGUACGAGCGCCUGCUUGAGCGCACGCAGCAUGUCAAGGUUUGGAUCAGCUUUGCCCACUUCCAACUGAACUACGGUGGGGAAGACCCCGUGCCCCUGGCGCGGACCGUGUACGAGCGUGCCAACAAGCAGCUGCGGACCUCCGAGGAGAAGGAGGAGAGGCUCAUGCUGCUCGAGUCCUGGUCCGAGUUCGAGGCCCACCACGGGGACGAGCAGAGCCAGGAAGCGGUGGCGAAGCAAAUGCCCAAGAAGGUCAAAAAGCGCAGGAAGAUUGUCGGGGAAGACGGGACGGAGGCCGGCUGGGAGGAGUACUUUGACUACAUCUUCCCGACGGACGAGGCGGCCAAGCCACACCUCAAGCUGCUCGAGAUCGCCAAGAAGUGGAAGAAGCAGCAGCAGACCGAAGACGACCAGGGGGAGGAGGGCCAGGAAUGAGAGCUCUCUCGGACCAUGGUGUACAUACGGGCGUGUACAUACGAUGCGGGCACUACAUUUUUACGGACAAUGAACGAAGGCCCCGGCCAGUGCCGACCAAGCGGCCAAAGCCGAGGCACGUUUCGUUGCGA